GUGGGUGUGGCUCCACACUGUAGACCCAGGAUACAGGCUUGUUCCCGUGAGCUGCUCCUGGAGAUCCAAGGGACUUCCGCCAGAGGGACUUGACUUCCGAAGCUGUCCACUAACUUUGCCAGCACUUUGAACUCGAAGCUUUGCCACCAUGAAGCUCCUGCUGCUUACCUUGGCUGCAUUGCUGCUCUUGUCCCAGCUCACUCCAGGUGAUGCUCAGAAAUGCUGGAACCUCAAUGGCAAGUGCCGCCACCGAUGCUCCAGGAAGGAGAGCGUCUAUGUCUACUGUACAAACGGGAAGAUGUGCUGCGUGAAACCCAAGUACCAGCCGAAGCCAAAGCCAUGGCUGUUUUAAGUGCCCUGGGGCCUGGGGCCUGGAGGCUGCAGCUGGCAAAGUUGUCCUAGGUUGAGCUCAUGGAGUCUUGAGCUCAGUCAAUAAAUGCACCUGGCUGA